CCCUGCUCCUUUCACCCAAGCCAGCAGCCAUAAUACCCAACUCCAACUCCCCGACACUCCUUUGCGUAUUGUAUUCUUUGGUUCCUACAAAUUCCAAACGUUAGACACUUUUUCUUGUUCUUUUCAGAAGAAAAACACCCCGAAACAAUGGCGCCCCGUCAAUCGACAAAGUCUCGCAAGGACAAGUACACCAUCAUUCUCCCUACCUACAACGAGCGCAAGAACCUGCCUGUUGUUACUUGGCUUCUGGAGAAGACCUUUACCGAACACAAGCUAGACUGGGAGCUUGUUAUCGUCGACGAUGCUUCUCCAGAUGGCACCCAGGAGGUUGCAAAGCAACUGAUCUCCGUUUAUGGAGCUGAUCGCAUUGUCCUCAAACCGCGCGCGGGAAAGCUGGGUCUCGGAACUGCAUACGUCCAUGGACUUCAGUUCGCAACUGGCAACUUCGUAAUCAUCAUGGACGCUGACUUUUCCCACCAUCCUAAAUUCAUCGCCGAUUUCAUUGCACUUCAAAAGACGAAAGAUUAUGAUAUUGUUACCGGAACCCGUUAUGCGGGCAACGGUGGAGUUUAUGGAUGGGAUUUCAAGAGAAAGCUCGUUUCUCGUGGAGCGAACUUGCUUGCGUCUGUUGUGUUGAGGCCCAAUGUCAGUGACUUGACUGGAAGCUUCCGACUUUACAAGAGGAAAGUCUUAGAAACAGUCAUCUCGCAGACGGAGAGCAAGGGAUAUACCUUCCAGAUGGAAAUGAUGGUUAGGGCCCGAGGUCUUGGUUACUCAGUUGCUGAGGUACCUAUUUCCUUUGUUGACCGUAUCUAUGGUGACAGUAAACUUGGCGGAGAUGAAAUUGUAGAAUAUGCUAAAGGAGUGCUCAACCUUUGGCUCAAGGUAUAAGCGGGGCAAAUAAUUAAUCUAAUAGUCGCUAGGAGGAAGAAAUUGAGUUGUCGGGUGUAUCGUCUCA